AUGCAAAAUCCUCUCACGCCUGCGGUUGCAGCCGCUGCGGCGCUGCUCCCGACCCAAAGUAUGGCAGCCUGUGGAACCAAUGGCACAACAUCGUCCUGCUGCCAAGUCUUGGAAAGCGCCGGUAUCUCUAUCAUCUAUCCCGGAUCCGAGUUGUAUGAGAACCGUACGGAGUCAUACUGGUCCCUUACGUCUCAGUUGACGCCUUGGUGCAUUGCCCAACCCAAGACGGCUGAGGAAGUCUCCACUGCGGUUGUUACUCUAGUUGAGAAUACAUCAUGUGAAUUUGCUGUUCGAAGUGGCGGGCAUUUCAUCUGGCCGGCGAAUAAUAUCGAGGAGGGCGUCACUAUCGACUUGGGUUUCAUGAAUGCUACCACAUAUGAUGAGGAGACCCAGAUAGCGUCCGUCUUACCUGGAUCGAGAUGGCGCGGCGUCUACGAGGCACUGGAUCCAUACAAUGCCACCGUGCCCGGCGGUCGUGCUGCUUCAGUCGGCGUUGCGGGUUUCUUGACGGGUGGAGGCAACUCGUUCUACUCGGCGCGCAAGGGAUUCGCUUGUGACAAUGUUGUCAACUUUGAGGUUGUGUUGGCCAGCGGCGAGAUCAUCAACGCCAAUGCCACGGACAACUCUGACCUCUUUCAGUCGCUCAAGGGAGGUCAGUCCAACUUUGGCAUCGUGACUCGCUUCGAUAUGCAGGCUUUCGACGCCCCUUUGCUGUGGGGAGGUGUCGUGCAAUACAACAAGACGACAGGGCCACAACACAUUGACGCCUAUGUCGACUGGACCAACAAUGUCCAGAACGACCCGAACGGCUCAGCCAUUGUCUUUUGGUCAUACCAGCCGACGCUGAAGGACAUCAUCAUCAUCACGUCGUACGUGGACACGGCCGGAAAUGUCGCUCCCGCUGCGUUUGACGAGUUUCUAGCGAUCCCUGGUAAUCUGUCCAGCACGAUGAGAACUGCCAGUCACCUGGAGCUCACCAACGAGCUCGAGCAACCCACCGGAUACCGCGACAUUUGGUGGACGGGCACAAUCAAGAACGACAAGCGCGUGUACGAGCGCGUCAUUGAGCUGCACGAGGAGCUCUGCGACUUCAUGGCCGCCCAGUCGCCCGACGGGGACUUUGUGACGCAGGCCAUGUUCCAGUCGAUCCCGACCAUUUUCUCGCAGCACAGCGAGGAGCGAGGCGGCAACGUGCUGGGUCUGGACCGCGAGACCGAGCCCGUCGUCAUGCUGCUCUUCACCCUGGCCGUCAAUGGCGUCGAGCAGCAGACCGUGGCGCAGGAGCAGAUGCGCAAGUUUGGCGAGGCCGUCAUGGACUAUGCCAGCAGCAUCGAUGCCGCUGCCGAGUGGGAGUACAUCAACUAUUCUUACGACUACAUGGACCCGCUGGCCACGUACGGCGCUGAGAAUAUCGCCAAGAUCCAGGCUGCAGCUGCCAAGUAUGACCCCUCGGGUGUCUUUCAGACUCGUGCCCCCGGAGGUUACAAGAUUACCAAGUCUCAGGGCACAGUGGCAUGA